AUGAAUAAAGAAGAACGACAAGCCCUGAUUGACGAGCUCUGGAAGAGAGAUGACUCGCAAGUAAUGGUCAUUAGAUACGACCCCUACAACAGAAUUGGCACACAAGCUGAGACUGUUACUGUCCACUCCAAUCCCAUGCAAGCCAUUGAUGCUUUUUAUAGGCUCUUUACCGGCCCUGCAAGACAAUGGGAGCACCACGACUUCCUGAAGAACGGUCAGUAUCUUAUCAAUUGGCUUAACGCUCACCUGAACCCUGAAGAACCCGAGCCAAACGACUUGGUUGACGAGGUCAUGUCUGACCUUACCCAAGACCUCACCGUCUACCACGAGAUCACGUACAUUACAAUCAUCCCUUAUGAUGAAUGGAAUACUAGAGACCAUGGCACACUUGUUGAGAGGCUUGAGAGACAGCAUGGCGUCCUGCCUCACGACAAUCAAACGAAUAUCGACCCGGGUCCUGACCCACAACUUUCAGAAAUGAUCGAUGUAGAUGACGUUGUAAUGUUCGAUCACGGUGUCUCGCCCUCCUCUAUCUCGCCUGGUGAGUACUCCCUCCUCGACGAUGAAGCUCAAGCUCAACUCUUGCCGUUCGAGGGUGAACCUUAUGCUUCUCUCUUUGCUACUCCUACCCCUGGACCUAUACCGCUUCCCUCAGCUAAUAAUGCCCCUGCACCAUCCCGCCCAGCCAACAACCCGCGUACUCGUGAGAUUCGCGACACUAGCUUGGGGGACUUGAAUUCUCGUCGACGCUUCCCUUGUACUUUUACUGAGUGUUCCUCUCGAUUUACUAGACAAUCCGAUUUGAGACGUCACUGUCUCAGACUUCACUCUAGCCGCACUUGA